UUCUCUCUCCGCCUCGGUGUCCGGAUGUAACGAGCAGCGUGGAUAGUGAAGGCACCCAUUAGCUUGCUCUUCUGUCAGAGAGCUGUAAUGUUGGAGACAGCUCUUUCUCCGCCUCCUUUCUCAGGACCCUCAGCAGCGUCUGUUUUGCGUAGAGCAGUUUCUACCCCACGCGCGUCACAAAAUAACUGCCGCCUCCCUUCUAAGCCUGUCGCUUGGUUCACAGUAGCCCUUUGCCUUGCCUCAUCUCCACUGUGGCCUGACAGUGAUGUCUAAGCAGCUGGACAUGUUUAAGACCAACUUAGAGGAGUUUGCCAGCAAACACAAGCAAGAGAUCCGUAAAAAUCCCCAGUUUCGGGUCCAGUUCCAGGAUAUGUGUGCAACAAUAGGAGUGGAUCCUUUGGCAUCUGGUAAAGGAUUCUGGUCAGAGAUGCUGGGAGUUGGAGACUUUUACUAUGAAUUGGGCGUGCAGAUUAUUGAAGUCUGUCUGGCUCUGAAACACAGGAACGGAGGUCUGAUAACACUGGAAGAACUUCAUCAGCAAGUGCUGAAGGGAAGGGGGAAGUUUGCUCAGGAUGUCAGCCAGGAUGAUCUCCUUCGAGCAAUCAAGAAGCUGAAGGUCUUGGGGAAUGGCUUUGGGAUUAUUCCUGUUGGUGGAACAUAUCUGAUCCAGUCUGUACCAGCUGAACUGAACAUGGAUCACACAGUCGUCUUGCAGCUGGCAGAGAAAAAGGGAUACGUAACAGUCAGUGAGAUCAGAUCCAGUCUAAAGUGGGAGACAGAACGAGCAAAGCAGGUGCUGGAACACUUGCUGAAGGAAGGAAUGGCCUGGCUGGAUACACAGGCAGCAGGAGAACCUCAGUACUGGCUGCCUGCUCUCUUUACAGAGCUGUACUCUCAGGAAAUCACUCCAGAGGAAGCCAAGGAGGCAAUACCUUGACUGCUAAGUAUUCUGUGCCUGUAUAUAAUUCUUCUUGUGAGGUUAUUUGCAUAUCACCUGAAACACAGGGACAGUGGACUUUAAAUAAAGUUUUCUAAAAAGUGUCUAGCUUGAAGAAU